CACAAAAACAAAGGUAUGUUUGUACAUUCUUAACAAUAAUUUUCCUAUCCAUCACUCUACAUUACUGACAUUCAUUCACCACUUAUCCUGUCCUACACUGUCAAAUAUCAAAUCCUUAGUUUAAAGAGAAAAAAAAAAAACAUUAUUUGGGGUUUUAAUUAGAACUCAGUUUCUUGGUUUUUUAGUGAUUCUGGAAAACUGUGAUGCAGAAAUCAUUGCUGGGGAACUUUAAUGACUGCACUUGGAAGGAAGAAGAAGCUGAUUAGGACAUUUAUUUAUACCUCAUCAUCAUCAUGUCUUCUGCCAAAACAGUCUUCAUAUUCCUCUUGUUUCUCCCUGCAAUCUUGGCUUUGAACCAGGAAGGUCACUCUUUACUGUCAUGGCUUUCUGCCUUCAACUCUUCCUCUUCUGCUGGGCACUUCUCUUCAUGGAAUCCGGCUCACCGGGAUCCUUGCAAGUGGGAGUUCAUCACAUGCACCACCACCGGUUUCGUUUCAGAAAUCAAGAUAGCUUCUAUCAAUCUCCCUACAAAGUUUCCUACUCAAAUCCUCUCCUUCGGGUUCCUCAAAGUGCUAGUCCUCUCGAAUGGUAACCUCACCGGAGAAAUUCCACCUGCCAUCGGAAACUUGUCAUCCCUGAUCACGCUAGACCUUAGUUUCAAUGCUCUAACGGGAAGUAUUCCGCCAAAGAUUGGGAGAUUAUCACAACUGCAGCAGCUGUCACUUAGCUCCAACCUCAUUCACGGUGAAAUUCCGAAGGAAAUUGGGAACUGCUCAAAGUUGCAGCAGCUUGAGCUCUUUGAUAACUUGCUUUCUGGAAUGAUUCCUGCUGAGAUUGGGCACUUGACUAAUCUAGAAAUAUUCCGGGCUGGAGGGAAUUUGGGAGUUGUUGGAGAAAUCCCAAUGCAGAUAUCAAACUGCAAAAUGCUGGCCGUUUUUGGAGUUGCAGACACUGGGAUUUCAGGUCAGAUUCCACAUACUAUAGGAGAACUGAAGAAUCUCAAGACUCUUGCAAUUUACACAGCCAAUCUCACUGGUGAGAUUCCUCCAGAGAUUGGAAACUGUUCUUCUUUAGAAGAGUUGUUUGUCUAUGAAAAUCAAAUUUCAGGAGAAAUUCCCAGUGAAAUUGGCCUCCUCAAGAACCUGAAAAAGGUGUUAUUGUGGCAGAAUAAUUUGCGGGGCCCAAUUCCAACAAGUUUUGGAAACUGUUCAGGUUUGAGAGUUAUUGAUUUCUCUCUGAAUUUCCUGACUGGUCCACUUCCGCCAUCUUUUGAAAAUUUCAGUGAACUGGAGGAGCUGCUUUUGUCGGACAACAGCUUUUCUGGUAGUAUUCCUUCCUAUAUUGGCAACUUCUCCGGUUUAAAGCAACUUGAGUUGGACAACAACAACUUCUCUGGGGAGAUUCCACCGACCAUUGGGAAACUCAAAGACCUCUCUCUAUUUUUCGCAUGGCAAAAUCAGCUUACUGGAAGAAUACCAGCUGAGCUAGCUCACUGCCAUAAGCUCCAAUCGUUGGAUCUUUCCCACAACUUUCUCACCGGGCCAGUUCCAGAAGCCUUGUUCAACCUCAGAAACUUGACUAAGCUGCUUCUGAUAUCAAAUCAACUUUCUGGUGGACUAUCUCCUAAUAUUGGCAAUUGCAUAAGCCUAGCCCGAUUACGGUUGGGAUCAAACAGAUUAGAUGGUCCAAUUCCCUCAGGAAUUGCAUUGCUACCAAGUCUGAGCUUCCUCGAGCUGUCAGAUAAUCAACUUACAGGAGCUAUACCUCCGGAUAUUGGAAACUGCACACAACUAGAAAUGGUUGAUCUGCAUAGCAACAUGAUUGAAGGGAUAAUACCAGUUUCUUUUGUUUCCAUUGCCAUGCUCAAUGUCCUAGAUCUUUCCAUGAACAGGAUAUCGGGUACCAUCCCAGAAGAUAUAGGGAAGCUCACAUCGUUGAACAAGCUUAUGCUGAAUGGGAACAGUAUCACCGGUUUGAUCCCCAAAACACUUGGCCUCUGUAAAGGUUUGCAGUUGUUGGAUUUGAGCAGCAACAAACUCAAUGGUCAAAUCCCAGGACAGAUUGGUCAACUGCAAGGACUAGAUAUCAUGUUAAACUUAAGUAGGAAUUUUCUGACAGGGCCAAUCCCAGAAAGCUUUUCUAAUCUAUCCAAGCUAGCAAACAUGGAUAUAUCUCAUAACAUGCUGACAGGAAGCCUGAAUGCUAUCAGCAACCUCAACAACCUUGUUUCUUUGAAUGUCUCUUGCAAUAACUUCUCCGGUGUAAUUCCAAACACCAAAUUCUUCCAGGGUCUCCCUAGUAGUGCUUUUCUUGGAAAUCAACAACUCUGCAUUAACAGAAAUACCUGCCAUGUUAGUCAAAACCAGCAUAGAAUGAAAUCAAUCAGAAACCUAACCAUUCUUAUUGUACUUAGCAUUUUCAUGAUUAUGAUCAUCUUGACAGCCACAAUAAUGCUUCUCAUCAGAGCUCACGGCGCCACAUGUAGGAAAAAUGAUGAAGAAAAUGGCCUACACUGGGAUGUUGUCCCAUUCCAAAAGCUGACCUUUUCUGUGAAUGAUGUUGUAACAGGUCUCUCUGAUUCCAACAUCAUUGGAAAGGGCUGCUCAGGAGUCGUCUAUCGUGUUGAGAUUCCAAUGCGGCAGGUAAUUGCAGUGAAAAAAUUAUGGCCAAAGAAGAGCACUGAGAUUUCACAGAGGGACUUGUUUUCUGCAGAAGUUAAAGUACUGGGAUCAAUAAGGCAUAAAAACAUAGUAAGGCUUCUUGGAUGCUGUAACAACGGGAAAACCAGACUGCUAUUGUUUGACUACAUCAGUAAUGGGAGUUUAGCAGGACUUCUCCAUGAGAAGAGGAUAUUCUUGGAUUGGGAUGCUAGGUAUAAGAUCAUACUGGGAGCAGCUCAGGGUUUAGAGUAUCUCCACCAUGACUGUAUUCCUCCCAUCAUUCACCGGGACAUCAAAGCCAACAACAUCUUGGUUGGCUCACACUUUGAAGCUGUGCUUGCAGAUUUCGGACUAGCAAAGCAUGUAAAUUCUUCAGAUUCUUCAAGGGAUACCACUGUUGUGGCAGGCUCUUAUGGAUACAUGGCUCCAGAAUGUGGAUAUAGUUUAAGGAUAACAGAGAAGAGUGAUGUUUAUAGCUUUGGCAUAGUGCUUUUAGAGGUCCUAACAGGGAUGGAACCAACUGAUCCCCGGAUCCCAGAUGGUGCCCACAUUGUAACUUGGUUGAACCAGGAACUGCGAGUAAAACACAGAGACUUCACAACAAUUCUUGAUCAACAAUUACUCUCAACAUCUGGAACCCAAACUCAAGAAAUGCUUCAAGUUCUUGGGGUUUCUCUUCUGUGCGUAAACCCAUGCCCAAUUGAAAGGCCAACAAUGAAGGAUGUAGCAGCAAUGCUUACAGAAAUAAGGCAUGAAAAUGAUGAUUUUGAGAAGCCUAAUCAUCACAGAAAAGCAAUGGCAUCAAACUCAGAAACUUCAGUAAAAGCAAUGGCAUCAAACUCAGAAACUUCAGUUCAGUGUUCGAGUUUCUCUAGGUCAUCUGAACCCCUCAUAAAAUCACCCUCCCAGUUCCAAUAAGUCUCACUUCAUAUUCAAUGUAGUUCUCAGUCAGUUGAUUCUUUUCAAGCAUGCAAUAAAAUGAUAGAAAUUUUAUGUUUGUCAUUCAACUUUCAUCAUACAAUCUAAGGCUCAUGCUCCAUUUGGUCCCA